CACUAUCAAAAACAAUUUUUUCGCUCCAUACAAAUGUCUGCCAGAGCUCUUUUCGAAUCUAUUAGUCAAGGUGGUUUUGAGCUGCCCAAACUUUUCAACGUAGAAGGCUGGGUUGCUGUUGUCACUGGCGGCGGAACCGGUUUAGGACUCGUCACAGCCACCGCUUUAGCUGAGAACGGGGCUAAAGUAUACAUCACAGGAAGAAGGGAAGAACCUCUCAAAGCCGCCGCUGAAAGUUAUGCCAAAUCGGGGAACCAGGGAAGAGGGACCAUCGUUGCUGUUCAAGCUGAUGUCAGUACUAAAGAGGGUAUCCAAAAAUUCGUUGAAGAGAUUAAGUCAAAGGAGAAGUGGGUCAAUGUUCUGAUAAACAACCACGGAGUCUCCCUCGGAUGUGCCAAUAUCGACGAUUGCGAACAAACCCCCGAAGGACUCUCAAAGCAGAUGUUUGAAGGAGAAACCUUCGAGUGCUGGCUCAACACUUACAAAAUCAACACUGCUUCAUACCAUUUCACAACAUUCGCUUUCCUUCCUCUACUCGCUGCGGCCAAAACAGUGGGUGGGUCCCCCGAACCUGGAAACAUCGUCAACUUGUCCUCAAUGUCUGGUAUCACCAAAACUUCUCAGAGGGGUCAGUUCAACUAUAAUGCUGGAAAAGCUGCUACUAUCUCCCUUUCUAAACAGCAAGCUGCUGAAUUUGCUCGACGAGGUUUAGGUAUCCGAGUGAACUGCAUCUGCCCAGGAUACUUCCCAUCUGGAAUGACUAUAAUUCCACCAGAGAACAACACCGGCUCAGACGCUCAUUUCAAAGAGUUCAGAAACCAGUGGGGUAUCCCACUUGGAAGACCUGGAAAUGCUAUUGAUUACGCUCAGUGUAUCUUUGGUGUUGUCACUAAUCAAUAUGUCACCGGAGCUGAGAUUGUCAUUGAUGGUGGAUGGUUAUUGGAAGAGGCUUUCUAAACUGCUCAGAUUCCUUGCACAAUUUCCAUAGUAAUAUUGUUAUGAGAAUUGCAUACAUGCACUACAUAUACAUA